AUGGCUAUAAUCGGAGCAAAAAAACAGCAUAAGAACAAUAAAUCCACUGAAAAGGAAGGCAUCGAAGUGGAUCUCAUUAAGAAGGAUCCGGAAGAGUUGAAAACAAUCAAGAUGUUGAAGUGGACCGUUACGAAACGUCCGGAAGGAGGUACAGCGGCCGCUAUUCAACGACACCAGCAGCAGCAGCGACAAAAUGUUCAAGCACGCCGGUCACUGGGAGCAUUGAACGAGAGAAUCGUCCCGAGUGACGCAAUUACGACGGUGAAUAAAAUUAAGGCCAGACGUUCGCUGGGAGCCACUAUGUUGCGGCAUGCCCACGUGGAUAAAGAGAACCAAUGCGUCACUUCUACGCCACAUCACGUGUCCGGCGGUAAAUCAUCCAGUUCACCGUAUUCGAUGGCCCUGCGAGAUGUAAGCAACAUUACCCCCAACACGACACCUCGCCGGCUUUCAUCGACGUCGCAAGGUCGCAAACGGCCUCUCGUCCCGUCGCCAACCACAGUCACUUCCACGGCCAAAAAGGAGCGUGCGAUUCAAUACGCUACGACUCUUCCGACGUUCGAUAUUGAAUAUUCACCGUGUGGCGUGAAAAAUGUACCGUUUCUCGCUUUGCGUGGCUUAGGCCUUGCUGAUUCCUACUUUGAAAACCCUGGAAGGUACUUUCAUGACGAUCAACCACCCGCAGCCAAGCGUGCUAAGCCAUUCGCUACACCUGCUCCCGUUGUUGGUAAACCCGAGCCGGCAUUAACUCCUUUGUCGUCACGCCUUUCAGAGCUGCGGUUCAGUAAAAUCAAUUUCAAGCGCCAUGGUUCCGAUUCCAGUGCUGCCAACAACAAUAACCAAAUUUUCAACGACGAAGAGCCAUCGCUUAAUUCGUCCGAAAUGGGUGAUAUUACACUAGAUAAGAUGAUCGAUGCAAUUCUAGAGAGUGCAAAAAAGGACAAAGUUCCUAAGCGAAGUUCCAGUGUCAAGUCCAAGCAAGCAAAAAUUCCGUCUCCCACCUACACGCCGGCUGAUGACCCGGCUUCAGACCUGUACAAGGACACACUUCUCGAUCAGCUACCCCCAAAGCUAAUCGAACAGGCCGAAACCACGAUCAUCCUGGAGGAGACCGCAAACGUUAACGAACGAGAAGUGAAAACCCCGGAGUCAGCCAAAACUGGAAAGUCACUAAGGCAAUCGCUUAGCCGCUUUGUUUUAGCAAGCCCUCUUGAUGCCUGUCACUUGAGGCGACAGAAAGCGGUUCGCCGAAAAAAUAAACAGGACGCUCUGGAGAAGGAACCUUCAGAAAAGAAACCCUGUAGAAUCGGUCUUACACUGCCGAACGGUAUUCCCAGCCCAGAAACCCCUAAAACCGUAAGCCAAAGCCAAUCAAAACUGGAACAAUUGGCCGAAAUGCAAACUCCUACGGAGGAUGUUACGACAGUUGAUCUGGACAGCCAAUAUCCAAAAUCAACGGCUCUUCUCGGCACUAUUGACGAAAUGACGCCAAGUAUUCGUUCGAUCGAUUUACAAGGCACUUCUACACCAACUGGAAUGGAGCUGGUAUCGCUUGAGAAAACUCGAAAAUGUUUAGCCUUUUCACCUUCCCCGAGUGAAGACUCGCUGGAGAAACGACGAUCCGUAGCAUCAUCGACCACCUCGCGCUGCUCGCGAGUCACCGCCGUGAAGGGUGCACUGGAGUUGAACAUUCAGCUGGAACAGGACAAUAAAUUACAUGUUCACGUCAUUAGCGGUAAAGAUCUUCAACGGCCUAAUGGGAAUACAAUAAACGCUUACGUCAAGGUGGCCGUUACGAACUGUGCCAAUCUGGUCGAGCAGGGUUUCCAGAGGACAGCAGUGCAGCGGAAUUCCAGCAAGCCAGUGUUCGAUCAUCGAUUUGUGUUUGAACUGGGUUCGACUGCGGAGGAGGAAAACAAUCGCCGAAUUCAGCUCGCUGUGUGGCAUCGGGACAGGGAGUGCAAACGCAGCGAAUUUUUAGGAUGUAUGUCAUUCCCACUUAAAAAUGCAAUCCAACAGGAAAUUAAUGGCUGUUACAAGCUUCAACCGCAGUCGUGUUUGACGAAUCCUACGCCGCCCAUUCCAGACAUGUGUGAGAACUCGCAGUCUAGCGUUGACGAAAUUGUCAGCGUCGAGGACGGCGGCGGUCCGACUGUGACCUCGGGUGGACCAAUGGUGAUGAUGGCGGGGUCUGCGGCUGGCCCAACCGAACCAAUCAGCUUGAGCAAGAAGGCACUGCAUCAGCGCGAUGCGGAUGAGAAUCUGUUUCUGCGAUUUCUGGAGUUGGACCCUCCACUCGAGUCCGGCGGAGUGCCUGCCACCCCACGACGUAGCUCAGUUUGUUCCAAUAAGCCGAAUGCUGGUCGGACGCCAUUCACGAUAACCAAACGGUUAACACGGAUGGCCGAAAAGGGAUUCGGCUUUUCGAUAGUCUGGACGCAUCCCCCUCGGGUGGAAAAAGUUGAAGCGGGAUUAUCCGCGGAAAAGGCCGGUAUUCUACCGGGCGAUUAUGUAGUCUUCGUAGAUAAGCAUAAUGUCGUUACAAUGCCUGAACUGGAUGUGCUAAACUUGAUUAAAACCCAAGGAAACACUCUGCUGCUGGAAAUCUUCCGUCGACCUCAACGGCCUACCAACGGACUUCGUUCAGGAAGUGCAGUAACAGCUUCCAGUAGCAAUCUGAUCAAUUUUGCACCUUUCAACGCCCAGGUUCAGCUUCAUCAGCAUCACCUACAUGAUGAUGAAUCGACUUUAAAACCUUCGAUCAUCCCAGCUCGCUCCUCUACGGCUUGUUCUAACAUUUCGAUUGAAACCGCCAAGCGGAAACUCAAUCUACCCCAAGUGACGUUCAGCAAAGAGUCGAUUUUACAGCAACUCCCAGACGACCAUCGGAGGAAGUUCCUGUAUCAGUUGAUUAGCAGAGAGCAGCACUUUGUGACGGCAAUCAACUUUGGUAUCGAGCGAUUUGUGAAUCCUUUAAGAGAACGAAAAGACCUCAUCUCACCGAACGAUCAUAAAACACUUUUUCAAAAUAUUGACGAGCUAUCACGAAUAUCGGAGGACAUCCUCGAGCAAAUCAUUCAAGAUGAAACCGAACCACAAAUCCACUUUGCUUCCCGCGUCUAUCUGUCCAAAUGUACGGCGUUAUGUGCGGCCUACAAGAAGUACUGCAAUGGCCUGAAAAAAGCAGAUUGCGUCCUGGUCAACAAAUCAAGAAAUUCAAGCUGUGAUUUUAUGCGUUUUAUUACGGAGCCACCGGUGCCACGGAAACGUCCAGACUUAACCACUUUCAUACAUCGACCGUUGCAACAUUUUAGGGAAAUUUUAAAGCUAGUCCAAAUGAUCGCAUCCCAUUGUCGAGUAGAUAGUGAAGAGCAUAACAAUUUCAACAGUAUCAUCAACGAGUUACAGGUUGCAUAUCGGGAAAUCACGGUGGGUGGUGGACUGAUGGAACCUAUUGGAGAGGGUCGGCCGUUGCUGACGCUGCAGGAUUUGGAAGCGAGAAUGGUUUUCACCAAGUGUAAACCGUUCCAGCUGGCCGCCCAUGGGAGGCAAUGGAUUUUCGGCGGUGAUUUAUCCCGAGUGGAAGGCCGGUCGGUUAAACCGUACUGGACACUGCUGUUCAGUGACAUUUUGUUGUUUGCCAAAGUCAGCAGGGAUCGUGUGCUGUUCAUCACGGAGGAGCCGAUUGCGUUGUCGAACGUUACGGAUUCGUGCUUCAAUAUUCGAAAGAAAAAUACCGAAUUCCGAAUAACGAUUGAUCCAAAUGGUCGACAAAUCGAAAGCCCCACGGUUCACUGCGCCCCGGAUUUAACCAGAACGCCGAAGAAAAAUUCCAAAAAACGUUGUAUAAUAUUAAGAGCCCCGUCCACGGAAUUGAAAGCCGUAUGGCAGAAUCUUCUCACUAGGCAAAUAUUUUUGGUCAAUGCCACACUUGGAUCGACACCCUUGAGUAGUCCGCUGGAUUCGCCGGAUAUUCUGCAAAUGUUUGUCCCAAUCGGUGACAUUGGAAUGACGACCGCAUCGAUGACAUCCGCCAAAGUUCCUUCGCUGGAUAGUAUUCAUCUCAAGAAUCAGCAGUCAAAAUCGAGUAAGGUCCCGAGGCAGGUCGAGGAGUUGAUCGAUGAGAAGUGUAGGAACAUGAACAAAACCGGUGUCCCCAAGGGAAGUGCGUUGCACUUGGCACAGUGGAUGAAGGGCCAGCUGGACAAACAAGUUGUCGAGUCGGAUCCUAUCGACUCUGAUCCGGAACAGACGAUCGAGGAAUGGUCCUUCGAACAAGUAGCUAAUCGCUCCAAGGAGCUGAAGUUGGUCGACACAGACGGCAAUCUAUGCAAGACGCUUAACGGGGCGGGAUCCAAUACCAAGCUAACGGACGCACAUCUCGAAGAUAGCUCGACUUAUGAUGGAGACGAUGACAAUAGAAGUGUGUCGAAGAGCACCACAUCCGAUAGUCAGAUAACGGUGCGCUCCAGUCCGCUCAGUAACAAGGUGGACACUAUUUCCGUCUGCCGUCAGUGUCACAAAAACUGCAAAAGCCGCAUGAACUCACCAAGUAGCAACUCUUUGACGGUUCAACACAGUCAAACUUCUUCGAUCCGAUGUUGUGUGUCAUCUUCUACGACGGGUAGCAGCUUGAACAAAAGUCCCAACUCCAACUCGAGCAUUUCUUCCACUAGUACCCUAACAAUGCCUGGCAAGUCACCUACGAAGCCAGAGGAUACUAUUGCUGUUAGCAAAAUCGUCCCGGAACACAGCACGCCAUCGAGCAGAAGUUCGCACAAACAACAACCGUCGCCAUCGUCAAGCCUCGGCAAUUAUAAGACCAAGUGCCAAACACCCUGUCACUGCAAGUGUACCCCAAAAGACUUUGAGAAAACCACUCUCAGCCCAGACGAAUUGCUUCACGAGCGGGUUAAAAUUCUGAAGAAUGUAAACGAAAUCAACGCCAGCCCUACAAUUUCUAACUUGUCUUCAGGAUCACCGAAGGUAAAUGGAUGUCCGACCAUGAAAACGCCCCAAAUUGACAGCAACAAGUGUGACAGCAUAAUAAAUAACGAAAACGUUGAGGAUUGGUCGUUAAUGUUGAUUGGUCUAGCGCAGAUCAAUCCGGCAGCUUCGUUGGUUCACAUGGAUCCUUUCGAAGCUGUGCCUACGAUAUCGGUUGUGCCACCAACACCGGAUGCAUUGAACAGUAACAGCAAUAAGCACAAUAUGUCACUAAAUUGGAACGACACCAAUCGGUUGCAGUUGAGAAAAAUAAACGAAAGUAAUGGACUGGAGAACGAUGAAUACUCUCCGGAUAAUUCGCCGGAAGAUGAGAUUCCUGAUCAUCCUUAUCGGGCGUUGAAUACCGGUAUGAAGCGAUACGGAACGAUGUCCAGCUUGGAACGUGUGCCGUCGGAUGAAACCGAUGACAAAACGUACAAUUCAUCUGAGGAAGAUUCGGAAAAUGAUAUUAAAAUUGUGACUAAGGAAGUAUACGACAAUAACGCACAAAGUUUCCUAAAUUGGACAGCCCGUGCCGGUAGUUUUAUUGAGGAAUCUCGAGCAUUUCUAGAUCGCUAUUUGGGACGGAGCAACACUGUAGAGGAGCAAAGCAAAAGCAAUACGAACAUAAACGCUGAAGAGGAAACCGUCGAGGGAGAAACGUCAGUCACUUCCGGUGAGGAAGUGUGGGGAACUCCGACGAGUGGUGGCGAAAAUGAUGAUCUGCAAAUAUUCGGCAGUAUCGAACAGACGCACUCGUCGCCGACCAAGUCCACAUCAUCCUACACCGGAGACGACGACACCGAGCUCAUGAUGGACGAACUGCUGAUGGCCCCGCCGAUGACUGCCAGCGCCGUGCGAGGACUAUUGCCCAGACGAAAACUAGAGCCAUUAUUUGAAGAGGAGAGCGAGAGUUGUGAAUCAGACGACGAUAGUAAACCUCUUAGUGGGCGUGAUAAACAGGGGCAAGCUGUGGAAAGAAAUCGUCCGGAUUAUGUGGACUUAAGAGAUUCCAUCGAAUCCGACUCAGUAAGUACAACGCCGUCGUCAACUCCCCGAGCGGAAACGAGGGAGACGGUGAAGACGACCACGCCCGACGAAAACUAUGGGAGUGUUGCUGACAGAUGCUCUGCAUCUGUGCUUCUCCCGAGCACCGGGAUACGCUCUGCAAACGGUAUCGAUCGUUUCGGGGCGAGUUCCGGUGCUGCGCCGAUCCUCACGUUGCCUCCUCCGCCGUCUACCGACCCACCACCACACCCAUACGGUCUGAGUCCACGACUGGAGAUGCGUUUGGCACUCAAUCACGACAUCCUCGGCGACGAAGACCUGAUCAGCUACAACCCUGGGCCGAAUCUGACUUCGCUUCUGGGGCAAGACCUCUCCACAUACCAUCGAAUGAGCGGGAAGGAUAUAAUCAUGAAUCGGAUAAUAUCGCGGGUCAACAGCUACAGCAGCAUCCCCGCGGCAGUAGCCAAACUUUCCUCCACCUCCAAUCAACAGAUUCAUCCAGUAAGUUCCAGCAGUUCAAUGCAACCAGUGAAAAACGGAACGAGCUCAUCAUAUCAACAAAACAAUUCAAAAAUGGAUACACCUACACCGAAUCGCAAAAAGCCGCAAAACCCGGCUACCUGGAGCAGUUCUGGGUCUGUGGAGCGAGAAGAAAAGACUCUGUCGGACCUGGAACGCCUGGCGAGGCGCGAGAAAGUUUACUGUAUGACCCAACUCAAUCAAAACGGCUCCCACCUGAAGCAUACAGCUAGUUUCAAUCGAUCCAAAUCUUCCAAACUAUUCAAUUUUCUGUCGCGACGCAACUCGGAGAACCAACUGCACAGGUUUUUCAGCACGUCGAAAGACAGCGGUGAAGAUGUUCCUACUUCGCAUUCGGACUCGAGCCGGAUGAAUUCACCUCGAAAGGAAAAUGACAAAUCAUUAGAUCGAAGGUUUUGGAAACAGCUUAGUAGACGACGGCGUGCCAGCUUGCAUGAGCUUACAGCUAGCGAAUCAUAG